AUGGACAAGCCUCACCAGAUCCCCGUGAGGGCCCAUGCACGAAACAAGUCAAUACCUAAACCGACGAGGCCGCGAUCAACAACCAAGGGUCCCUUGGAUGUCGACGACAUCUCACUUAGCUCACCAAAGCCAAGUGAUGUGGCGGCAACUUUUCUUUCGCCGGAUCCUAAUCUUCCCGGCAGUAGCUUGAGGCCAACAUCACCAAACAUCCUCAGUCCCCGGGGCCUUAGAUCUCCAGCCAGGUCUCCAGGUCCAGGACCGUCUCCGCGUUUGACACCUCAGUUUCCCAAAAAGGACUUUUCUUUCCUCCUUCGCCCAGAGAUCUACCACACUAUCAGCCCGCAAAAUGUUCCUGCCGCCUUCCGCAACUCCCCCCACCAGCCGGCGCCCGACACGCCAAUCCCGGAACUCCUUUCAAAGGGUCACUUUCGCGCCGCAGCGGUAGCCGCCGUGCAGCAGCUCACUGGUACUGCGGGCCAUGAUCCCCCCGCGUCGGACGACCACGCCCGCAUCUUCUCGCUGAUCCACACCCGUCUCGCAUGUCUGACCCUCAUCGAUGCAACGCCCAUAGCUGCCCAGGAGGUCAAGGCACUGGAGGAUGUGCAAUCGCCGUUUUACCUUGCCCAACCGGUGGCCUCGUCGGUCUCAGGGGUAGGCUCUCCAGGGCUGGGUCUGGCCAUCGACGGACCGGGGCCUCUUCGCAGCCCCAACCCCAGCCUCCUGCACGCGCCCCUCGAGGAGCCACCUGAGCAUCUGGUACCGUGGGAGCUGCGUGUUCUGGCAGUUCGUCUGCAGUCUCUCGGCUUUGGCGACCCUCGCCGCUCUGUCAUGAGCUACUACGAGCUGGCCCGCGAGGCCCGGGCCCGGCUGGCUCAUGCAUCCGCAGUCCACGAUAACAGCGCACGGGAGCUGCACAAGGAGCGCCUCGCCGAGCUGGGACUCAAGGUUGCCGGUGCGCUGAUCGAGAUGGACGACCUGGCCGGCGCCGCUGCGCACCUCGAGACGCUCGUGGACCAUGGCGCUAGCGGCAAGCUGACUACCGCCAAGGCGCUGCUGUGGCUUCAUCUGGGCGAUGUCGAUGCCGCACGCAGGUGUGUCGACAAUCAGGUGCAGGGAGAUGCGACGCAGGACAAGGUCAUCUCUGCAUUGUGCGACAUGGCAGACGGGGAUUAUGAUGCUGCGCUUGCUACUUGGGGCGAGUUGAGGGAGGACCUGCCCAACGACGAGAUGGUCGCGGUCAACAUGGCGGCAUGUCUGCUAUAUGUGGGGAAAAUGUCGCAGGGGCGAGAAAUGCUCGAGGCCAUGGUCGAUUCUGGGUUCUCAUCCCACACGUUGCUGUUCAACAUAACGACCAUGUACGAACUGUGUACCGACAAAGCACGCCCACUGAAGCAGCGCCUGGUUGAACGUGUUGCUGAGAUGGAGCCAAACUUGCACGGAUGGGAGAAGACCAAUGCCAACUUCAAGCUCUGA